UUUUAGGAGGAAAUUUAGGGGUUGAUGAGGGGAGGUGUUGAUACAGAUGUUGUAUUAACCUAUCUUGCCUUUUAGAAAGGUCUUAGAGAUGGGGGAUGAGAGGUUUGUGGUAAUUUGGGGGAAAUUAGGGUAGUGUUUUGGUAUAUACUCUUAAUUUGCUCUGGGAUAGAAAAAUUGUCUAUAAAAUUUACUUUUCCUCGCAACUUCUAGUGUAAAUUUAUUUCCUUUAUCUCUUGGCUACAAGUUGAUCUAGAGAUAGGUAGAUGUUUUAAAUAGAAGAUCUCGAGUUUCUACAUCUACAAUAUUAUGAUUUCAGCAACCAUCCUUAGAAUUUUCUGAGCUUUCACCCAGAUUAAUCUUUGAAGUAAAUUUUUAGUAUUAAAUUCAAAUCAGCUGUUUCAAAUUUUUUUUGAGCAGGUGAUCAACCAUUUUAGCCUGGUGUCACAAUAAUCGAGUAUCUCUGAGUGCUUAGUAAAGACUUGGGUCUUAUAAAACAUUCUUGCAUAAUUUUGGAAGCUUUAUUCAUAUAAAAAUCUUAGAAAUCACCAAUGAAGUCUCUUUUAUAGCGUGUUUGCUUGAUUCGCAUUCCUCAGCUUCGAGAAAUUGAACUUGAGUCAUAAGUCUUUAAUUUAUUAAUUUCUUCAAUAAUUCAGCAGCUUCUGGAUUCUUUGGCAACAAAUUUUUGAUGGUCAACUAAAUUUGCUAUUUCUCGGUGAACUCUUAAAAAUUCUGGCUUUAUUUGACUUCAAAAUUAAUUUUAAAUCGUGGCCAAAAUCCGAGUGAAUAUUUUUCAAGUAUCUUUAAGAAUGUCAAGAAGAAGUUGAGUUACAUAAGGCAUAAAAAUAUGAGCAUAUGAAGAGUGCCAUAUGUAGCAGCAACUCAAACAUAUUUCAGUUAGAUCUUGGCUCUUGUGACUAAGAAAACUCAUGAAAUUAAAUAUGAUGCUCUUAUUUACUGUAAUUAUAAACACCAUGAUAUUAGCAUCUAUGUCCUGUUCAAUUUUGUAUGCUAAGCGCUGAUGUUACAAGGCUGUAGAGCUGGUGAAUCUUAUAGAUAGAAUCAAGGUCAUGAGAGCUUAACUCCUUCUUAAGCUCAUGAUUAAAGGAUUAUUUCCAUUAGGUAUCAUUUUUAGACUUCUAUGUUAAGUUUAGAGUAGCAAAAACUUGUGUGCUUGUCAAAUAUUUUGAUACUACAAAAUGUUAUUAGCUAACCAUUCUGCUCAGAUACUUAUAUUAAUAAGUAAGAAAGGCAAGAUUCUUGAACUCUCUGUCAAUCCAGAGUAUUCUUAUUUCUUCUCACUCCAAUUAACCUCUUCUCUUUCAAUUCCAUUUUGUUAAUUAUGAGCUUGCCUAACUUUCUAUAGAUGGAAGAAAGAAAAGAGUACCUGCAAUGCUACAACAUUGGUGAACAAAUGCCUCAUGAAAUACAGAUGGUAAAGUUUUGUCUUCACUAACCUAUUUUUACUCUGCUUCCCAUAUUAUUGAACUUUUUACUUUUUCGCGUGAUUUAUAGACCGCGCAAUGAUAUCCCAAAAUUACAAAGAAGAAAGGAAGAUGGUCCAACCAAGAACACCAUAUAUUUAUAACCUGACUCAAGACGCACGGCAAAGAUUGGGACAGGCUUGAAGAAUUGAUUCCAACAAGAUCAAGUUUGCAAAUUAGAUCACACUGUCAGAAGUAUUUUGACCAGAUCAAGAAGGAGUACAACACAGACAACCCAAUGGAGUAUAUCAUGAAUAACAUGUGUGAUACAUCUCCAUAUUAUCAGUUCGAUCUCCCUCAAUUGACUGACCCAAUGCAAAACCCUGAAUUGCAGAGAAUGAUGGUACAAGGGCAAAGAGCUCCAUCCAAAAAGAGAGUAGGUAGCAAAAGUCAAUACAUAAAACAAAGCAAAGAUAUGGCUGAGAGUGACAGCUCAGGAUAUUUUGAAUAUGACGACAUCAAUAACAUGAAGAAGAGAGACUUGAAAGCCUUAAUGAAGAUCAUGCAGGACUCGAGCUCUCCUAGCUUAAGCAAUGAGAAGAGGCUUCAGAGGGAGAGCAACUCCGAUUCAUCAGGAAAACUAUUCAAGAUUGAGAAAGUGUCAAGGAGCAGAGAAGAGUCAUUUUCUAAUUCAAAUUCUGACUCUAAAAACACCGCCCAACAGAAGAAUAUUAAUACUACUGAAAAUAAAGAACAAGGAAUAGCAAAAGACACUUCACUUCAGAUUAAAAAUGGAUGUAAUGUAAUAUUGCUCAACAAUUGCAAGGUGAUUCUUCAAGCGAACAAAGUAGAAUCAUGUGUUCCUUCAGAUGUUCAGAAAUUUGGUCAGAACUUCAAUGUUGUCACUCCAAAUUAUCCUUGCCAGAUCUUCAUCGAGCCAUUGAUAUUGUCGAAGAAGGAAUUAAGAGACCAAACUAGCAAAGAAGGAGCUUAUAAGGGCUCUAUAGAUGAGAGCAAGAAGCUCUUAGCUACAAGUGGGUCUUACAGCAUGAAUACCCAAAGGAAUAGGGCUUAUUCACAAGCUUCAAUACUACAAAAUAAAGAUUUCAUGACAGAAAUGGAGAUCUUUAACAACAUUUUCUGUGCCUGUGUCAAACAAUAG